UCCGCGAUCUCCCCGGCUCCCGCUUUGUCACCACCCCUCUCAAUGGACUCCGCCUCUAGUUUCGCCCUCUUCGCUGGCUUGUUGACGGAAGUGCCGUCUCCUAGUCAUGGCCGGGCUGGACUUAGAGGAGAAGCUGAGUUGCGCCAUUUGUCUGGAACUCUUCACCGAGCCGGUGACCACGCUGUGCGGUCACAGUUUCUGCCGAAGCUGCCUGUCUGAUCACCUGGACCGGCAAGAGCUGCACACCUGCCCGGCCUGCCGGACGACAUUCGAGCGGCGGCCCGAGCCCCUCGCCAAGAAUCUGGUGCUGGACGAGAUGGUGAAGCUACUGAAGCUGAGUAGCGGGCAGCCGCAGCGUGUAUCGGCCGAGCCAGCGAGCUGCCUCCAUCACUCCAAGCCGCUCGACCUGUACUGCAGGGGGGAUGGCCGCCUCAUUUGCUCCGCCUGCUCCAUUGGGGAGCACCGGGGCCACGAGUUGGUGACGGUGGACGACGAGAGGGCCCAGCGGGAGAAAGAACUUAUGGCAAAACAUGAGGAGAUUGAGCGUCAAGAAAAGAAGAUGAAAAUGCGGAUCAACACUCUGAAACAACAAAGCAUAUCUAUCAAGGACUCAGUUUCUCGAGUGCAAACGAGUUACGUCAACAAGUUUAGUACAUUGGCAAGGGAGCUGGAAGAGAUGAAGGCCAAAGUGAUUGAGUACAUAGUGACCAAGGAAAAUAGCUCUCUGGAGCAGGUUAGCAGCACCUUGGAGAAACUGGAAGAGAGGUACACUGAGCUGAGGAAUGCCAGGCUGAAGCUAGAGACCGCACUGAAGAGCAAUGACCCAUGGAGGAUUUUGCAGUUCCCUCAAGAGAUUGAUGCACUGAAAAAAAGUUCCCAGAACCUGGAAGAGCCUAUUCCAGAGCUGGCAAUAGAGAACAAGCUGGACGCAGUGAAGAAGGAUUUGGAGGCGAUCUCCUUACUUAUCUCCAAGUGCCUCCAGGGUCUCUUCAGGCAAGCUCCAGAAUCAAGGAAAAUUCCAGAAUCCACGGGGAACAGCCAUUGUGUGUCAGUGAAACCUGAACCUCGAGUACUACCAUCAACUUCACACAUAAGGGAGCCAUUCCUCAAGAAUUACCGUCGGCUGCGAUUCAAUCCCAACUCUGCGCACCGAUACCUCACUCUGUCCAAGGGUGGAUACAGGGUGUCUCACAGAGGGGCUCAGCUGUACCCAGUGCAUGUAGAGCGCUUUGAGAAAGAGUGGCAGGUGCUGUGCUGUGAGAGCUUCGAUAAAGGCCAGCACUACUGGGAGGUGGAGAUCAGCAGCCAGUGGGUCUACCUCGGUGUCGCGUACGGUACAAUCGACAGGAAGGGCCCUGCCACACUCAUCGGCCGCAACAGCCUUUCCUGGUCCCUGCAGCUCUUCAGCAAGAGCUACUCUGCUUGGCACGCCAACCAGGAGGUGAAGCUGCCAUCUGCUAAGUACCAACGAGUCGGAGUGUAUCUAGACUACACGGCAGGGACUCUUUCCUUCUAUGGCAUCACUGACACCAUCACUUUGAUCCACACUUUCCACACCGUUUUCAUCCACUCCCUCUACCCCGCAGUCUGGGUGGGUGAGAACGUUGUUGCCACACUUCGCCAGGAUGGUGCAGGGAGCUGACUUCAUAAGGAAAUAGGAGUGAGGCUAUUUGGCUACCCCACUAUCUGAUAUGACGAUGGCUGAUCUGCCCCAAUCCUAUUAGAUUCCUUCUUCAGCCUUUACCUCUUUCCCUAUCCCUUCCCAGCUUCUUACUUCAUCCCCCCCCCCACCUGAUUACACCUAUUACUUGCCAGCUUGUGCUCCUCUCUCUCCACACACCCCCACGCCAUUUUUAUUCUGGUUUCUGCCUCCUUCCUUUCCAGUCCUGAAGGAUCUCGACCCAAAGCGUUAAAUGUUUAUUUCCAUCCAUACCUCACUCUGUCCAAGGGUGGAUAGAGGGUGUCUCACAGAGGGGCUCAGCUGUACCCAGUGCAUGUAGAGCGCUUUGAGAAAGAGUGGCAGGUGCUGUGCCUGACAUGCAGAUUUCCUCCAGCAUUCUGCGAAUGUUGCUCAAGUUUUUCAGAAUCUCUUGUGCUUAUGAUUUUUAGUUUCUCUUUUGUGCCACUCUCCCCAGAGACCUUAGUUUUCUGAUCUUUCACGUAUUUAUCAAUCUCUUUGAAGAGAAGAACACAGAACAGAACAGUGUAAUAAAGGCCCUUUGGCCCAUGAUGCUGUGUUGACCUAUAUAAAUCUACUCCACGAUCAGUCCAACACUUCCUUCCUAUACAGCUCAUAACUGUCCAUUUUCCUUCAUCCAUGUGCCUGUCUAAAGAGUUACUGUACUUAAAUGUCCCUGUUGUAUCAGCCUCUGAUACCAACCCUGGCAUCUUGUACUCUCUGUGUGAAAAGCCUACCUCUGACGUCUCCCCAAUCACCUUAACCAGAUGCCCUCUGGUUUGACACUGCCACCCUGGGAGAAAGGUGCAGGCUGUCCACUUUACCUGUGCCUUUCAUAAUCUUAUACACCUGUAUUAAGUUGCCUCACGUUUUCCAUUGCUCCAAAUACUGCAGUACUUCCAUCUUCAAAAACCUCAGAGGCACUACAGAGUUUGCUCCUUUCUGGACUUAUUAAAAUGCACCUCUGUUUUAAAUAAUUGCUCCUUUGUUCAUGACUGUCCCUCUAGAGCAGGGGUUCCCAACAUUUUUUCUAUGCCAUGGACCAAUACCAUUAAAUGAAAAGUCCAUGGAUCCCAGGAUGGGAACUCCUGCUCUAGAGGAACACUACAAAACAUACCCUUUGCUGCUCUUCAAGACCUCAUCAUACUUAAUUCUAUCACCACUCAUUCAUCAAAACUUCAAAAAACAUUUCCAAUUUUUUAAUUACUCAUUGUAAGACAAUCCACCCAUUCCAGGAGUUAACCUAGUUAGUCUCUUCUUGACUGCCUCUAAUUCCAUAUCCUCCCUUAAACGACCAGAACUGUGCAAAAAAUGUGAGUUGUGGGCACCUUUAGAAGCUGGGAUUUGUCUGAUGUAUAUUUUCUACUUGAUUGAUGAGGGGGAGGGAAUCAGGAGAAUCUUACAUUAAGUGCAGGACCCAGCACUUAGAUAAGUGGAGGUCUUCAGAUUUGUAUGGAAUUAUUUUUUAAGAUAAUGAAAUGUUUGUUGGUUUUAAAAUACAUUUUUAUGGAUAGAAUUUGUGUUUUGGAAAAUGUUAUUUUGUACAAGUUUUAAAAAAAAAACUGGACCAAGAGGGUUUAACCAAUGUACUGGAGAGGGGUGCUGUUGUGGAUCAGAUUGGAGGAGUUCUUGUUUGACUCAGCUAUUCUGUACUUUGGAGCUCAACACUAAAGUGAUGUUUUAAUUUCUGAUAAGGCUUUGCUGUUCCCUGUGCUGUUCCCUGUUCUAUUAUCAUCUAGAGGGAAGAGGCAAGGGGAACUUAGUUACAUAUUAAGAUCAACUCUGUGAGAGUGCAAACCUUAGCUUCUGAGCGGAGAUGAAUCAGCUCUGUUUUUAAAAGUUGUAUGUACUCAAGGAAAGGAAGAAAGUUACAAGAGUUUAUUAUUUUGUCUUUGCUUUGAGGACACUGGUGGGAUGAAGCAGUGAUCAAAGAUUCACUUUAUUCGCAAUAUACAUUUUUAUAUGUAAUAGAAAUUUGCUGUGGUGUGUUGGUGAGUGCAGCAAAAAGCAACAACAUUCAACAACUGUGAAGAAUAAAAAAUAAAGUGAGAUUAAAGUGCAGAUACAGAAUUGGUGCACACUAGGUCAUGUGUGUCACAACUAUGCCAUGAGUGAGUCCUCUUAUGAGAAAUCAGUGGGAAGAGCAUUAAACAGCUCCACACCUGUGCUGAUUGAGAGGAUUAUCAAAUAUUUGCAGGAUGAACAUAGAAUAUACAACAGUAAAGCACAAGAACAGGCUAUUCAGCCCACAGUAUCUCUGCUGAACAAUGUCCGAUUAAGCUAAUCCCUUCUGUCUGUAUAUGAUCCAAAUCCCUCCAUCCAUCUUUCUUUUAAAAUCCAUCUUAAAAACUUCUUAAAUACCACUAUAAUAUCUGCUUGUGUAGUACCCCUGAUAGCCUGUUCAAAGCAUCUACCACUCUGCAUUUAAAAAUAAAACCUGCUCACAACAUCUGCCUUAAUAACUUUCCCCUUCUCACUUUAACUGCUUGUCCUCUAGUAUCUGACACUUCUACCCUGAGAGAAAGACUCUGACUGCCUCCCUGUGCCUCUUAUAAUUUUACCAACUUUUGUCAGAUCUCUCGGCCUCCAAGUAACUGGUGAAAACAACCUAAGUUUGUCCAACCUCUUCUUAAGGUUCUCGGCCUCUAAUCCAGAUAAAUCUCUUCAGUAGUCUACCCAAAGCCUCCACAUCCUUCCUAUAAUGGGGCAACCAGAACCGAAUGCCAAAUGCAGCCUAACCAAUAUUUUACAGAGCUGUAACAGAGCUUUCUGACACUUGUACCCAAUACCCCAACCGAUGAAGGCAGGCAUGCUGUACAUCUUUAACACCUUGUCGGCUUGUGUUGCUACUGCCAGGGAGCUCAGGACUUGCACUCCAAUCUCUCUCUGUGUAUAGUGCUGUUAAGGAUCCAGCCAUUAACUGUGUACUUUCACCUUACAUUUCAUUGAUACAAAUUGAGUUAGGAAGGAUCUUAUUAGAGUGUGCUAGUCUUUACAAUGCUACUCAACAAUUAAGACUUUUUUAGAUUUCCUCUGAGGAGCUGUUUAGCAGAGUUUCUAGCAGAGAGAAGAGCAGGGUGAAAGGUGAUGAAGAAAUGAAAGUCAGCUUCAGUGAGGAAAUAGGGCUUUUGGGCCUGUAUACCCUCGAUUUCUGGGGGUGAUGCUCCCACCUUCAUAUUGUCUCAGCAGCGGUGCAUCACAGAUUCCAGUGUUUGGAAGGUGUGAUCACUCAGGUCAGCCAUCAGCAGCAGUUCAGGCUCUAUACCCCUGCCUAAACUUUGGAUCCACAUCACUUUCAGUCCCUGAAGGUGUUAACUUCUGGAUAUUUGCAGGUUGAGAAUUUGUGUUCACAGCAUCUUGAGGAGAGGGGCACCUGCAUCAUACUCCCUGAGAGGUGAAUGUUAGACAGUGCCGGUGCUGAGGUUGCCCCAGUCUGCAGGAUCUUUCAGGUGAUGCUCUGCGCUCUUUGUGUGGAACCUGGAUGAGUGUGACCACAGAAGACUGUUCCCUCGUGUAGCUGUGACCACUGUCACAAGAUCUUAUUGUCAAUAAGUCACAUAACAUUUAUUCCAAAACAACCUAUCAAGGUUCACUUCACCCACAGGUGGAAAAUUCAAAGUAAAUUUAUUAUCAAAGUACAUAAAUGUCACCAUAUACAACAAUAUAUAAAUAAGAUUUAUUUUCUUGUGGGCAUACUCAAUUAUAUAUAAUAAUUUCUUCAGUGGUUUGAUCAGGGCACGACUGCGCAAGCAGGUGGACGUCAGCGAGUAAGAACAGCGAGAAGAGUUUAAAAGGAAACAGCUUUAUAGGAAGGCUUUGGCUCAAUGGGUCAAAGCAAAGUAGGUUAUCUGUGUAGAAUACAGACAGGAAGAAUGUAUGUGAGGCCGGUGUUCUGUGCUCGGUGUCAGAUGUGGGAAGUCCGGGCGACUCCCAGCCUCCCAGGCAGCCACAUCUGUGCCAGGUGCAUUGAGCUGCAGCCCCUCAGGGACUGUGUUAGGGAACUGCAGAUGCAGUUUGAUGACUUUCGUCUGCUCAGCGUGAGCAAGGAGGUGAUAGGAGCUAUAAGGAGGUAGUCACACCAGGGCUUGGCGAGACAGGUAAGUGGAUAACAGUCAGGAGAGGGAAGGGCAGGAGUCAGAGGCUAGAGAGCACCCCUGUGACUGUACCCCCCCCCCCUGUCAAUAAGUACUCUGCUUGAGUACUGUUGGGGAGAUGGCUUACCUGGGGGAAGCAACAGUGGCUGCGCCUCUGGCACAGAGUCUGGCCCUGUGGCUCAGAAGGGUAGGGAAAGGAAGAGGGUGGCAGCAGUGAUAAGGGACUCUAUAGUUAGGGGGUCAGACAGGUGAUUCUGAAGAGGCAGGGAAGAAGCAUGGAUGGUAGUUUGCCUCCCAGGCGCCAGGGUCCGGGAUGUUUCUGAUUGCUUCCAUUAUAUCCUGAAGUGGGAAGGAGAAUGGCCAGAGGUUGUGGUACAUAUUGGUACCAAUGACAUAGGAAAAGAAAACAGAUCCUGAAAACAAACUACAGGGAGUUACAAAGGAAGUUGAGAAGCAGGACCACAAAGGUAGUCAUCUCGGGAUUACUGCCAGUGCCACGUGACAUUGAGAAUAGGAUGAGGUGGAGGAUAAAUGUGUGGCUGAGGGACUGGAGCAGGGAUUCAGAUUUCUGGAACACUGGGACCAUUUUUUGAGCAGGAGUGACCUGUACUAAAAAGGACAGGUUGCACAUGUAUCCCAGGGGGAUCAAUAUCCUGGCAGGGAGUUUUGCUGUCUGUUGGGGAGAGUUUAAACUUGGAUUGCUGCGGGGUGGGAACCAAACUGAAGAGACAGAGGAAGAGGCAGUUGGCUCACAAAUAGAGAAAGUUUGGAGACAGUGCGAGACGGAGGAUAAGCAGGUGAUAGAGAAGGGACGAGCUCAGGCUGAUGGUUUGAGAUGUGUCUAUUUUAAUGCAAAGAGUAUUACGAACAAAGCAGAUGAGCUUAGAGCGUGGAUCAGUACUUGGAGCUAUGAUGUUGUGGCCAUUUCACAGGGAUGGCUCAGGGACAGGAAUGGUUACUUAGAGUGCCAGACUUUAGAUAUUUUGGAAAGGACAGGGAGGGAAGCAAAAGAGGUGGAGGUAUGGCACUGCUGAUCAGAGAUAGUGUCAGCUGCAGAAAAGGAGGAAGUCAUGGAGGGAUUGUCUAGGGAGUCUCUGUGGGUGGAAGUUAGGAACAGGUUGAGGUCAAUAACUCCACUGGGUGUUUUUUAUAGACCACUCAAUAGUAACAGGGACAUCGAGGAACAGAUGGGAGACAGAUUCUGGAAAGGUGUAAUAAUAACAGAGUUGUCGUGGUGGGAGAUUUUGAUUUCCCAAAUAUCAAUUGGCAUGUCCUUAGAGCGAGGGAUUUACAUGGGGUGGAGUUUGUUAGGUGUGUUCAGGAAGGUUUCUUGAUACAAUAUGUAGAUAAACCUCCAAGAGGAGAGGCUGUACUUGAUCUGGUAUUGGGAAGUGAACCUGGUCAGGUGUCAGAUCUCUCAGUGGGAGAGCAUUUUGAAGAUAGUGAUCACAAUUCUAUCUCCUUUACCAUAGCAUUGGAGAGGGAUAGGAAUAGACAAGUUAGGAAAGCAUUUAAUUGGAGUAAGGGGAAAUAUAAGGCUAUCGGGCAAGAACUUGGAAGCAUAAAUUGGGAACAUGUGUUCUCAAGGAAAUGUACGGAAGAAAUGUGGCAAAUGUUCAGGGGUUAUUUGCGUGGUUUUCUGCAUAGGUACGUUCCAAUGAGACAGGGAAAGGAUGGUAGGGUACAUGAACCAUGGUGUACAAAACCACUUGUAAAUGCAGUCAAGAAGAGCUUACAAAAGGUUCAAAAAACUAGGUCAUGAUAGAGAUCUAGAGGAUUAUACUGCUAGCAGGAAGGAGCUUAAGAAAGAAAUUGGGAGGGCCUGAAGGAACCAUGAGAAAGCCUUGCAGACAGGAUUAAGGAAAACCCCAAGGCAUUCUACAAGAUAUAAUUUUCCCAGAUGUAAUAGUGGCCAGAGGACCUAGGGUAAUGGAGGAACUGAAGGAAAUUCACAUUAGGCAGAAAAUGGUGUUGGGUAGACAGAUGGGACUGAAGGCUGAUAAAUCCCUAAGGCCUGAUGGUCUGCAUCCCAGGGUACUUAAGGAGGUGGCUUUAGAAAUCGUGGAUGCAUUUUCCCAAUCUUUUCCCAAUGUUCUAUAGAUUCAGGAUCAGUUCCUGAGGAUUGGAGGGUAACUAAUGUUAUCUCACUUUUUAAGAAAGGAGGGGGAGAGAAAACGGAAUUACAGACCAAUUAGUCUGACAUCAGUGGUGGGGAAGAUGAUGGAGUCAAUUAUAAAAUAUGAAAUAACGGCACAUUUGGAUAGCAGUAACAGGAUCGGACCAAGUCAGCAUGGAAUUACGAAGGGGAAAUCAUGUUUGACUAAUCUAAUCGAAUUUUUUGAGGAUGUAACUAUGAAAAUGGAUAAGGGAGAGCUAGUGGAUGUAAUGUACCUGGACUUUCAGAAAGCCUUUGAUAAGGUCCCACAUAGGAGGCAAAAUUAAAGUACAUGGUAUUGUGGAUAGGGUACUGACAUGGUUAGAAAAUUGGUUGGCAGACAGGAAACAAAGAGUAGGGAUUAAUGGGUCCCUUUCAGAAUGGCAGGCAGUGACUAGUGGGGUACUGCAAGGCUCGGAGCCUUGCAAGGCUCACAGCUAUUUACAAUAUACAUUAAUGAUUUAGAUGAAGGGAUUAAAAAUUACAUUAGCAAAUUUGCAGAUGACACAAAGCUGGGUGGCAGUGUGAAAUGUGAGGAGGAUGUUAUGAGAAUGCAGGAUGACUUGGACAGGUUGGGUGAGUGGGCAGAUGCAUGGCAGAUGUAGUUUAAUGCGGUUAAAUGUGAGGUUAUCCACUUUGGUGGCAAGGACAGGAAGGCAGAUUACUAUCUGAAUGAUGUCAAGUUAGGAAAAGGGGAAGUACAAUGAGAUCUGGGUGUCCUUGUUCAUCAGUCACUGAAAGUAAGCAUGCAGGUACAGCAGGCAUGUUGGCCUUCAUAACAAGGGGAGUUGAGUAUAGGAGUAAAGAGGUCCUUCUGCAGCUGUACAAGGCCCUGGUGAGACCCCACCUGGAGUAUUGUGUGCAGUUUUGGUCUCCAAAUUUGAGGAAGGACAUUCUUGCUAUUGAGGGAGUGCAGCAUAGAUUCACAAGGUUAAUUCCCAGGAUGGUGGGACUGUCAUAUGUUGAAAGAUUGGAGCGACUGGGCUUGUAUACACUGGAAUUUAGAAGGAUGAGAGGGGAUCUGAUUGAAACAUAUAAGAUUAUUAAGGGAUUGGAGAUGCUAAAGGCAGGAAACGUGUUCCGGAUGUUGGGGGAGUCCAGAAACAGAGACCACAGUUUAAGAAUAAGAGGUAGGCCGUUUAGAAUGGAGUUGAGGAAAAACUUUUUUACCCAGAGAGUUGUGGAUCUGUGGAAUGUUCUGCUUCAGAAGGCAGUGGAGGCCAAUUCUCUGGUUGCUUUCAAGAAAGAAAUAGAGCUCUUAAAGAUAGCGGAAUCAAGGGAUAUGGGGAGAAGGCAGGAACAUUUUGGAUGAUCACAGUGAAUGGCAGUGCUGGCUUGAAGAGCCGAAUGGCCUACUCCUGCAUCUAUUGUCUAUUAAGAGAAUAAAACAUGAGAGAAUAGGGCCAAUGAGGUGUGACAGUGGAAAAGUGUGCCUAAAACCAGAGGAGAUAGCAGAGGUACUUAAUGAAUACUUUGCUUCAGUAUUCACUAUGGAAAAGGAUCUUGGCGAUUGUAGGGAUGACUCACAGCGGACUGAAAAGCUUGAGCAUGUAGAUAUUAAGAAAGAAGAUGUGCUGGAGGUUUUGGAAAGCAUCAAGUUGGUUAAGUCACCAGGACCAAAUGAGAUGUACCCCAGACUACUGUGGGAGGUGAGGAAGAUGAUCUUUGUAUCAUCUAUGUGGAUGGGAGAGGUUCUGGAGGAUUGGAGUGUUAUGGAUGUUGUUCAGUUAUUCAAGAAAAGGAGUAGAGAUAGCCCAGGAAAUUAUAGACCAGUGAGUCUUCGGUGAUUGGUAAAUUAAUGGAGAAGAUCCUGAGAGGCAGGAUUUAUGAACAUUUGGAGUAGCAUAAUAUGAUUAGGAAUAGUCAGCAUGGCUGACUAUUGAAGCCUGAUUGAACUUUCUGAGGGUGUGAAGGAAAAACAAUAGAUGUAGUGUAUAUGGAUUUCAGCAAGGCAUUUGACAAGGUACCCCAUGUAAGGCUUAUUGAGAAAACAAGGAGGCAUGAGAUCCAAGGGGACAUUGCUUUGUGGAUCCAGAACUGGCUUGCUCACAGAAGGCAAAGUGUGGUUGUAGAUGGGUCAUAUUCUGCGUGGAGGUUGGUCACCGGUGCAGUGCCUCGGAGAUCUGUUAUGGGACCCAUACUCUUCAUGAUUUUUAUAAAUGACCUAGAUGAAGAAGUGGAGGGAUGGAUUAGUAAAUUUGCUGAUGACAUAAAGGUUGGAGGUGUUAUGGAUAGUGUGGAGGGCUGUCAGAGGUUACAGUGGGACAUUGAUAGAAUGCAAAAUUGGGCUGAGAAGUGGCAGAUGGAGUUCAACCCAGAUAAGCGUUAGGUGGUUCAUUUUGGUGGGUCAAAUAUGAUGACAGAAUGGUAAGAUUUUUGGCAGUGUGGAGGAUCAGAGGGAUCUUGAGGUCCGAGUCCACGGGUCACUCAAAGCUUGCUGUGCAGGUUGACUCUGUGGUUAAGAAAGUAUACAGUUCAUUGGCAUUCAUCAAUUGUGGGAUUGAGUUUAGGAGCUGAGAGGUAAUGUUGCGGCUAUAUAGGACCCUGGUCAGAUACCACUUGCCUUAUGAGAAUAGGCUGAGUGAACUCGGCCUUUUUUCCUUGGAGCAACGGAGGAUGAGAGGUGACCUGAUAGAGAUGUAUAAGAUGAUGAAAGGUUUUGAAUGUGUGGAUAGUCAGGCUUUUUUCCAGGGCUGAAAUGGCUAUCACGAGAGGGCACAGCUUUAAGGUGCUUGGAAGUAGGUACAGAGGAGACGUCAGGGGUAAGUUUUUUACACAGAGAGUGGUGAGUGUGUAGAAUAGGCUGCCAGUGGCAGUGUGGAGGUGGAUACGAUGUGUCUUUUUAGAGACUCCUGGACAGGUACAUGGAGCUCAGAAAAGUAGAGGGCUAUUGGUAACCCUAAAUUACUUUAGGUAAUUUCUGAAGUAAGGACAUGUUUGGCACAGCUCUGUGGGCUGAAGGGCCUGUAUUGUGCUGUAGGUUUUCUAUGAUUUUUCUGUAUAUUUUUCUAAUUAUCUAUAAUAGAAUAAUAACCAUAACAUUAUAGUAUAUAGGAGCACAAUUGGGCUAUUUAGCCCAUCGAUUCUGCUCCACCAUUGCAUUAUGAGUGUUAAGUUUUUCCUGUCAGCCCCAAUCUCCUGCCUUCUCCCCAUAUCCUUUCAUGCCCUGACUAAUGAAGAAUCUAUCAGCCUCUGCCUUAACUAUACCCAAUGACUUGGCCUCUACAGCCACUUGUGGCAACCAAUUCCACAGAUUCACCAGUCUGGUGGAAGAAAUUCCCCUCAUCUCUGUUCUAAAAGAACAUCCAUUCUGUCAAGUCCUUUCAACUUUUGAUAGGUUUCAAUGAUAAGUCUCAUUCUUCUGAAUUCCAAUGAGUAGAGGCCCAGAGCCAUCAAAAGAUCCUCUGAUGACAAUUUCAAUCCCAAAAUCAUUUUUGUGAGCCUCAUUUAUGCCCUUUCCAAUGCCAGCACAUCCUUUCUUAGAUGAGGGGUCCAAAACUGCUCAUAAUACUCCAAGUGAGGCCUUACCAGUGCCUUAUAAAGCCUCAGCAUCACAUCCUUGGUUUUGUAUUCUACUCCUCAUGAAAUGAAUGCUAACAUUGCAGUUGCCUUCUUCACCACUGACUCAACCUGCAAAUUAAACUUUAAGGAAUAUUGCACAAGGACUCCAACGUCCAUUUGUGCUUCAGAUUUUUGAAUUUUCUCUCCAUUUAGAAAAUAGUUUACCCUUAUGUUUCUUCUACCAUGGUGCAUGACCAUACACUUCCCAAAGUUAUUCCCUUUUGCCACUUUUUUACCCAUUCUAAUCUGUCUAAGUCCUUCUGUACCCUCUCUGCUUCAAAGCUACCUGUCCUUCCAUCUAUCGUCACCAUCUGCACAAAGCCAUCAAUUGCAUUAUCCAAAUCAUUGACAUGUGAUGUAAAAAGAAGCAAUUCCAACAAGGGUCCCUGUGGAACGCCACUAGUCACUGGCAGCUGGCCAGAAAAUGCUCCCUUUAUUUCCACUCUUUGCCUCCUGCCAAUGCUGUAUUCAUGCUAGUAUUUUUCCUGCAAUGCCAUGGUCUCUUAACUUGUUAAGCAGCCUCUUAUGAAAACCCUUCUGAAAAUCCAGGUACACCACACCCAUAAAGUUUCCUUUGUCUUUCCAGCUUGUUAUUUCUUCAAGGAAUUCCAACAGAUUUGUCAGGCAGGAUUUCCCCUUAAGGAAACGAUGCUGACUAUGGCCUAUUUUAUAAUGUGCCUUCAAGUACCCGGAAGCCACAUCCUCGACAAUUGACUCCAACAUAUUCCCAACCACUGAGGUCAGACUAACUAGCCUAUAAUUUUUUUUUCUUCUGCCUCACCCUUCUUGAAGAGUGGAAUAACAUUUUCAAUUUUACUGUUCUCUGGAAUCAUGGGAGAAUCAAUUGAUUCUUGGAAGAUCAUUAUCAAUAUCUCCACAAUCUCUUCAGCCACCUGUUUGAGAACCCUGGGGUGUACACCAUCUGGUCCAAGUAACUUAUCCACCUUUAGACCUUUUAGUUUCCCAAGAAUCUUCUCCCUAGUAAUGGUAACUUCACACACUUCUGCCCCUGACACUCUUGAACCUCUGGCAUACUGCUAGUUCCAUCCACAGUGAGGAUUGCUGCAAAAUAGUUCAACCACCAUUUUCUUGUCCCCCCAUUACUACUUCUCCAGCAUCAUUUUCCAGUGGUCCAAUGUCUACACUUGCCUCUCUUUUGAAGAAACUUUAUGUAUCCUCUUUAAUAUUAUUGGCUAGAUUAUCUUUGUAUUCCAUCUUUUGCUUCUUUGUUAAAAGCUUCCCAAUCCUCUAACAACAUUAAUUUUUGCUCUAUUAUAUCUCUUUGGUUUUUAUGUUGGCUUUGAGUACUCUUUGUCAGCCAUGGUUGUGUCAUCCUAUCUUUGGAAUAUUUCUUCUUCUUUGGGAUAUAUAUAUCCUGUGCCUUCUGAAUUGCCUCCAGAUAUGCCAGCCUGCUCUGUUGUCAUCCCAAUGUACUGUUCCAAUCAAUUUUGGCCAGUUCCACUCUCCUUCUCCUUCUCAUUCUCAAAGUGCAGGGUGAAUUCUAUCAUAUUAUGAUCACUGGUUACAGGAAGGAUAAUAAUAAGGUUGAAAGAGUGCAGAGAAGGUUUACAAGGAUGUUGCCGGGACUUGAGAAACUGAGUUACAGAGAAAGGUUGAAUAGGUUAGGACUUUAUUCCCUGGAGCGUAGGAGAAUGAGGGGAGAUUUGAUAGAGGUAUGAUGAUGGGUAGAGGUAGAGUGAAUGAAAGCAGGCUCUUUCCACUGAGGCUAGGGGAGAAAAAGAAAACAGAGGACAUGGGUUAAGGGUGAAGGGGGAAAAGUUUAAAGGGGAGAUGGGGGGGGUGCUUCUUCACACAGUGUGGUGAGAGUGUGGAAUGAGCUGCCAGAUGAAGUGGUAAAUGCCACUCACUUUUAACAUUUAAGAAAAACUUGGACAGAUACAUGGAUGAGAGAUGUAUGGAGGGAUAUGGUCCAGGUGCAGGUCAGUGGGACUACGCAGAAAAAUGGUUCAGCACAGCCAAGAAGGGCCAAAAGGCCUGUUUCUGUGCUGUAAUGUUCUAUGGUUCUUUAAAGGUUCCUUUACCUUAAGCUCUCUAAUCAAUUCUGAUUCACUGCACGACACGUAAUCAAGAAUAGCCUAUUCCCCUAGCAAGCUCAACUAUGAGCUGCUCUAAAAAGCCAUCUCAGAGGCAUUCUAUGAACUCUCUCUCUUGCAAUCCAGCACCAACCUGAUUCUCCCAAUUUACCAUAGUAGAAUCAAAUAAAGACCACACCAACUUGGAUGUUUAACCAAUGUGCAAAAGAUCACAAACUGUGCAAAUACAAAAAUAAAUAAAUAAACAAUAAAUAUGAAGAGUCCUUGAAAUGAGUCCAUAGGUUGUGAGAACAUUUCAAUGAUGGGGCAAGUGAAGUUAUCCCCUUUGAUUCAAGAGCCUGAUGGUGAGAGGUAAUAACUUCCUGAACCUGGUGGUGUAAGUCCUGAUGGCAGCAGCAAGAAGACAGCAUGACCUGGGUGGUUGGGGUCCUUGAAGAUGGAUGCUGCUUUCCUGUGACAAUGGCUUGUGUAGAUGCACUCAAAGGUGGGAGGGCUUUACCUGGAUUUUCCGUUCAUGGGCAUCGGAGUUUACGUACAAUGCAGCGAGUUAGUAUACUCUCCACCACACAUCUAUAAAAGUUUGUCAAAGUUUUAGAUGUAAUGCAGAAUCUUAGCAGAUUCCUCAGAAAGUAGAGGCACUGCUGUGAAAGAUGGAAAGAAUAAUUAGCUUUAUUUGUCACAUGUAAAUCAAAACAGUGAUUUGCAUCAAAUCAGCAGGGAUUCUGCUGGUCAUCCACAAGUGUCACCACACGUGGUCAUGGGAAGAAGACGUAAACUUACAGACUGUAGUGGGAAUUGAACCCAGUCUUACAGCUGGCAGUGUAAAGUUUGCACUGUCUGCUGUGCUACUAUGCCAUCAUCUUGUCAGCUAAGAGAUAAUGAUAAGGGUUUAGGAUGGUUCCUCACUUCUGCAGAUUGCUGGAGAAUGACAGGAAGAUUCACCAUUUACUGAAGACUGAUUACAAUUGUCCAGUCCUUCACAAGUAACAUUCUGGAGACCAGUUAGUGCACU